GGUAACUUUGGCUCAAAUUAGGCAUUUCCGCCCCCUUGACUCUAAGCCACGCCCUCCUUCAUUCUUAUUGGUUGUUGUCUCCAAACACUGUCAUGUGACAAUCAGUCCCACGAGCGAGCAGGAAGGGCACAUAACUAGGUUCAGGAUGUCUGCCGUCCUCCUCUGUCUCCUCGUGGCUGGUCCAGUGCUGCUGGUCACCUCCAGCCCGGUUUAUAACGCCAACAAUGGGACCGUACCACUCGUGCUGUGGCAUGGGAUGGGUGACAGCUGCUGCAACCCGCUCAGCAUGGGCGCGAUAAAGAAGAUGGUGGAGGACGAGAUCUCUGGCAUUUACGUGCUUUCACUGAUGAUUGGCAAGGACGUGGUGCAGGACACGGAAAACGGGUUUUUCAUGGACGUGAACGCGCAGGUGGACAUGGUGUGCAGUCAGCUGGCUCAGGACCCGAAGUUGAAGGGGGGAUACAACGCUAUGGGCUUCUCCCAGGGAGGCCAGUUUCUGAGGGCUGUGGCUCAGCGCUGUCCCUCUCCACCAAUGAAGAACCUGAUCUCCGUCGGUGGCCAGCACCAAGGUGUGUACGGGCUGCCCAGGUGUCCCGGGGAGAGCUCCCGUAUCUGUGACAUGAUCCGUCACGCCCUGAACAGCGGCGCCUACACCGACUUCGUCCAGAAGCACCUGGUGCAGGCCCAGUACUGGCACGACCCCCUGAACGACGACCUGUACAAGAAGCACAGCGUCUUCCUGGCCGACAUCAAUCAGGAGAGGGCUGUGAACGAGACGUACAAGAAGAAUCUUCAGUUACUGGAAAAGUUCGUGAUGGUCAAGUUCCUGCAGGACACUGUGGUGGAUCCUGUUGGCAGUGAGUGGUUCGGCUUCCUGAAAACCGGCCAAGCCAAAGAGAUGGAGACUCUCCAGGAGAGCGUGCUCUACAAAGAGGACCGUCUUGGUCUGGCGGCGAUGGACAAGGCCGGAAAGCUGGUCUUUCUGGCCUCUGAGGGGGACCACCUCCAGUUCACCAGAGACUGGUUCAUAGCGAAUCUGCUGCCUUAUUUGCACUAGAACACGUGAUGAUGGCGGCGGAGGAGGAGGAGGAUUACUUUAAGAUCACUGCAGCGCAUUCAGAAAUAACACUGGGGCUCAUAAAUAACAUAUUCCAUUUCUUUAGCACUGAUCCGCUUGUCGCAUGUUUUGUGAUGUAAAGUUUGGCUGCUUUAUAAAUGCAAACUACUCUCAUAAAUCGUUUACAUUUUUUUUUUUUUUUUAAAUAAAACAAAUUGUCUAAUUUUCAGAAUUUAACUGUGAAUUUAUGCCUCAGUACAUUUUAAUAAAUUCAACCCAAUAAAAGACACAACAAAACGGGA